CACUUUCCCGGACCCUAGGCUACUAAAAAUGUUCCCCAUGUGUGCACCUUCUGUAAAUGGCUCUACCCAAAUGUGAUGAUAUGCGUGAGUUCUCAUAUCUCAUGAGUUCUGGUACCACAGAACCCCCCUCUAGCACCCAUCCAUCCUUCGGGACAGCUGGGUCCUGACAGACGUUGGCAUCACCCCUAGCAGUGCCAUCUGCUGCCUGCUGAAGGUACCAGCCGAACACCUAGCUGUUUCUACCCGUGCUUGAAAAUGCAUAUCAAACGGGAGCCGGUGGUGCGUGUGUUCAGUGCCGUGAAGGGGGAGACCCUCUCAGUCUUGGGCACUGUGUUUCUCCUGAGUACGUCUGUGGCCAGGCUCAUGACCCUGGUGUCCCAGCAGUGUGGGCUUCCCGUCAGCUCCUUCAGACUGAGCUCUCCCACCGGCCUGCAACUCUACGACUGCAACCGGCUGAACGACUACGCCAUUGACCUGGGGGCUACUCUACGGUUGGACACCUGGGAUGGGUGGGCGGAGUUCCUCAGAGGCUGCUUCCUGGGACACAGACUGACCGUCCAACGACACCUGUCUAGGGAGAGACCUGUGAUGAGGUUCCAGCUCCGGGUGGCACUCUACAUCGCUGCUUCUCUGGGCCACCUGGACCUGGCCGGCUUGCUGCUGGAGAGGGGGGUGCGUGUCAUUGAGCCGGUGGGGGUUCACCCUUACCGUGAGUGGUGCCACCAGACGGCCCACCCCGACGUCGCCAAGUGUCCCGCUGUCGCCUCCAUCGAGCGCGGCCAGCUCACCAUCCUCAAACUCUUUAUUGCCAGCAGCGUUCUGACCCUUGCCUGUCGGGAUCCCCAGGGUCGCGAACCCCUGAGGAUCGCCCUUCAAUACGGCCACAGGGAGUGUGUGAGUCACCUGGCCACCAAGCUGUGCUCUGUGGUGGUCCUCCCAGGUAUGGCCCUGCCCAUGCGGACAUACCUCCAGAUAAAGGGCUGGGUGAGGCUGGGGCAGAGGAGGGCAGCAUCCAGGCACUGCAUGGUCCUCAACAGGGCUCCGUUCAGGACCAGGGUGGGCGACACGGUCCUGGUGGACGGCUUCACCCUCCCCAAGAUGUCUUCCAAGCCCAGGAGGAGUGAGGCCAAGGCGGGUAUCAGGGUGAUGUCCACAGCCUCUCAAAGUUUGACCCCCAUCAACUGCCCAUCUCAUGUAACCUGCCCACUCCGCGCCCUGGCAUCCCAGGAUAAACCUCUUCAACUACCGAAGCAACACCCUGUGGCCACGAGUGAUGAAAGAGAGAAGAAGAGGGGAUGUGGAGGGAAGGGAUGUGAGGAGGAUGAGAGUGGGGAUCAGAACAGCAACCAAUGGAGGAGCAGAGUCCCGCUCCCGCCCAUUUCCAGAGACACCAAUCUCAGACCUGUGUUUGCCUCGCCAAACUCCGCCCAGAUACUCACCACCUCACUGGAGGCCUUUUCUCUCCACUGCGACCGCACACCCAGAGAAAACGCCAUAUACUGUUUGGCCUUGGCCAGUGCCUUCACACAGAGACCAUGGUUGCAGCAGCUGAAUGUAGCGCGGACUCUGUCCAGGAGGAGUGCUCAGCACAUUGGGUAGACACCAGGAUCCUGGUCAUUAGGCAUAUUAAACAUACUGAAACAAGGAGGGACAACCUGGAAUUGUCCAAAAAGGAACUCUUAUCUAAUUUUUUUUAUUUAUUUUUUUACAGUGAACAAGAUGAGACUGGAACGGAUGAUGCCUGAAACAAUGCGGACAACUUAGAAUUUCGUUCCUUUGGAUGAGGCUUAUAGAUAUAGUCAGUACUGUGUUUGAUUUGUGUGCAGAAAGUUUACAACGGCAGGCAGUGGAUUCUCAGUCAUUCCUCUCAAGGAACAAAAAACGUAUCAUAUUUCACUGGCUAUUUGUAGUAGCCAAAUGUGAAUGGAAUUAUUAUUAUUCUAGAAUCAUUCAGUUGACUGAAUGUGACUGUGGUUGUGCUGUAUGUGACUAUGUGGUUGUACUGUAUGUGAUUGUACUGAAUGUGACUAUGUGGUUGUGCUGUAUGUGAUUGUACUGAAUGUGACUAUGUGAUUGUACUGAAUGUGACUAUGUGGUUGUGCUGUAUGUGAUUGUACUGUACGUAAUUGUAAGUGUUUGACAUGGGUCUAAUUGAGGCUCCAACCCCCUGCCUUAAAACUCUUUUAUUAAGAUGUGGAUCAUUAUUGCUCAUAUGAGUCUGUGCAGUGUCAAAAUAAUAAAUUCUUAUUUACAAUGAUGGCCAAACCCGGACGACGCUGGGCCAAUUAUGCAGCACCCUAUGAAACUCCCAAUCACUUGGGAGUGGGAAGGAUACCAAAUCCAAUAUCACACACUUCUUCCUUAGUAUUCUGAGAACUGUCAGAUAGCUGUGAGAGCUAUGAGUGGAUCGUGGACCCAUGCAUAAAUGAUAACUUUACUGUAACUCAGUGGGGCAAGUAGAACAUCCGGGUUAGUGUAUGUGCAUUAUCUGGACAGUUGAUUGUCUUUGUCUCAAAGCCUUUCCAUUUCUGGGGUAUUGAAGAAGCUUCUGAUCUCAACCUUGUUGACAGGUAAGAAACACUUGGUUAGUGUAUGUGUCUUAUCCAAUGGGUUGUCAGGUGAACGUUGAAGAUGCUUCUUGGAGGUGAUCUAAUGAUGUCAUUGAAUCGCUGUCAUUGAGUUGCUCACUGGACAAGACAAUUAUUCACUGAAAAUUAAAUCUGUCUUUCAUUUCACUUAUGUUGAUACUUGAUUGGCUAUUUGCUGUCUUUUGAAAAUACAAAAAUAAAUAUAACUGUUUUAUGAAA